GCAAAAGAGGUGUCGCUUUUCAUCAGGCGGCGUCGGGACAAAAAGAAGAGCAGAAAAGAAAGUGUGCUGAGUUUCUGCUGAGAAAGAGAGAAAGAAAGGAAAGAACGAAGGGAGGACAGUUCCUUUCACGGCUUUUGGGACGCGCCAAACAUUUGAGUCACUUGAAGAAAACAAAGAGGGAGUGCUGGAAGGAGAAGGAGGGAAGAAAAGAAAAAAAGAAGGAGGAGAGGAAAAAAAAAUUCCAAGAAGGUGAAGAGGAGAAUUGUAGCCCGUCUCUCUUUCUCUCAGGGCUGGACUGGAUGAACGUAGGCAUCUGGACUCUGGCUUAGAUGCGAUCACCAUGCGGAGUGACCCUUUCCUCUUCCACUCCAGGGCAAUGGAGGAGCUGGUGGCGGAGCUGCGGAUCUUCUUGGAGCUGUUGGACCGAGAGUAUUUGAGCGCAGCAGUGAGAGAGAAGAAGCUGCAGAUCUCCAACAUCCUCAACAGAGUCCUAUCUGGUAAAGAGUCGUCCUACAAGCCUGAGGUCCACAGCUCACUUCCUGCCCCGCCUCAGAUGCCCCUCCCAGAGAUCCCACAUCCAUGGCUGCCUCCUGAUAACGGACCACCUCCUUUGCCCAGUUCCUCCCUUCCUGAGGGGUAUUACGAAGAAGCCGUGCCCCUGGGUCCUGGGAAAGCUCCAGAAUACAUCACCUCCCAGUACGACUCGGACGCCAUGAGCAGCUCGUACGAGUCGUACGAUGAGGAAGAGGAGGAUGGAAAGGGGCAGAAGAUGCGGCAUCAGUGGCCCUCAGAGGAGGCGUCUAUGGACUUGGUGAAGGACGCUCGCAUCUGCGCUUUUCUCCUGCGCAAGAAACGCUUCGGACAGUGGAGCAAACUGCUCUGCGUCAUCAAGGACAAUAAACUCCUUUGCUACAAGUCAUCUAAAGACCACACUCCUCAGAUGGAGCUCCUCCUCUCUGGCUGUAGUGUUACACACAUCCCCAAAGACAGCAAGAAAAAGAAGCACGAGCUGAAGAUUGUCCACCAGGGGGCAGAUGCUUUGGUGCUGGCUGUGCACAGUAAGGAGCAGGCUGAAGAGUGGCUCAAGGUGAUGAGAGAGGUGUGUGCUAAUGGGAAUGGAGCAGUGGACUCUGAUGGAGCCAUGUCCGGAUGUUCUGUCAGCAAAGCCGAGCUGGAAAAGAAGUUGUCCUGUGACAGGCCGAGUUCCGAUGGCGAGCCCAGUCAUGAAAACGGCAUCUCAGAUGGAAAAGAUUCAGCUAAAGGAAAGAAGAACUCGAAGGCUGAACAAAAGGGCACAGUGGGGAAGGGGGCAGGGAAGAAAAUCACCAAGAUCAUCAGCCUGGGGAAAAAGAAACCGUCCACGGAUGAACAGACGUCAUCGGCGGAGGAGGACGUCCCGACCAGCGGUUAUCUGAACGUUCUGUCCAACAACCGCUGGAGAGAGCGGUGGUGUCGGCUGAAGGAUAACCAGCUGUUGCUGCAUAAGGACAGGGAGGAUCUGAAGACCCACAUGGCCUCGUUGCCCCUGCGCGGAUGUGAGGUCAUCCCCGGGCUCGACUCCAAACACCCGUUCGCUUUUAGGCUGCUGAGGAAUGGACAGGAAGUGGCAGUGCUGGAGGCCUCGUCCUCUGAGAGCAUGGGUCGGUGGUUGGGGGUCUUGCUAGCGGAGACCGGCUCGACGACAGACCCUGCGGUUUUACACUAUGACUACAUAGACGUUGAAACCACCGCUAACGUCAUCCAGCUGGCCAAGCAGUCCUUCUGUUUCACUAGUAAGCGUGCCAUCUCCCCGAACCCGUACCUGGACACGCCGGUGAACGGAUACGCUCGGCCCUCGGGUGUGGCUCUGCACUACGACGACGUCCCCUGCAUUAACGGAUCGGUAUGGUUUCACACACACAAGGACCGACAGCUUGGUUCUUUGGAGUCUCACUAUGAGAACGCUGAGCUUUAUGAGGACUUGCCCCAAACCUCCCCCAAACCGGAGACUCGCUCCUCGUCCAAACCGAGGUGGCCGCCAACUUCCUCCGGCCAUUACAAAACACCUGUCUCUUCUUCCUCAGCUUCCUCUGCCUCUAAUUCUACCUCUCAGGUGAAGGGAAAGAAAGCCAUGACUCUUAAUGGUUUAGCAACCAAACAGAAGCUGGACAAGAACCAACCCAAAAAGACCAACGGAACCACAAGCUGUGCUCCAAUGAAGCAUAACAAUUCAAGUGUGGAUCAGUAUAAAUACGGGAAGAACAGAGUGGAAGCGGACGCUAAGAGGCUCCAGGCCAAAGAGGACGAGCUGAUGAAGAAAAAGCAGGAGAUUCGUAACCGUCUCACGCAGCUGAAGAAGGACAGGAGAGACCUGCGCAUGGCCAUCGAGAACACCAGCGGUAAGCGCUCUCAGGCCUCGCUGGCAGAGCGGCUUAAGAAAGUGGAGGAUGAGUGUAAGCUGAAAGAGGAGGAGCGAGUGAACUUGGAGCUGGAGCUGACCGAGGUGAAGGAGAGCCUGAAGAAGGCUUUGAGUGGAGGAGUCACUCUCGGACUGACCAUUGAACCCAAAACCAGCAGCUCCAGUCCACAGUCUCCAGUGCUGGUCAGGCGUACAGUAGAUAACUCUCCCAUCUCCAGCUGUGACACCAGCGACACAGAGACCUGCUCACUGCCAGUCAACAGCGCCUCCUUACUGCGACGCCAAGUACCGCAGAAAAACCCUCCAGUACGCGGCCAUGUGCUCAGGAAGGCCAAGGAAUGGGAGAUGAAAUCCGGCACGUAAACACUUUGUUUUUUUUCUUUGUUUUUUUUUUUUAAUAUUUUUGUUUUUGUUUUCUUUUUUGUAUUUAUUAAAAAUGUGCAUACAGAAGAGAUCGAAGCGGAGUCUCCUGAUGACGCAAAAACCCACCCGGCGCGUCCUGCAGUGAGUCUGGAUGUCCCUGUCCUACACAUUUGAGUCUUUUUGUUUUUUUCUGGAUGGUCAGUGUGAGCUGCUCCUCGAUCUGCUCGAAUCCAGCGGCCGACGUUUUAAAGGAAAAAAAGACGAAGAAGAAGAAGAAGAAAAAAAAAAACACUUUGAAAGUAUUUAUUUGUAAAUGUUGAAAUGCAAGCCUUUCUCUAUGUGUCUGUGUUUAUAUUUAAAGCUUGAUGCAGCGUUUUAUUUGGCCUCA